AGGGGAGGGCUUCACUCUACAGGAAGUCCGGUGUUGAUGAUGGCUCUGUUGUCUACGGGCCAGUAACAGGGGUCCUGUCUCUUCUCUUGGCCUCGUUCCGACCCCGAACAGUGCGGGUGAGACCGCGGAGGCGAUUUCGCUCGCCGCCAUGCACGACGCCUUCGAGCCGGUUCCGAUCCUAGAAAAACUGCCUCUGCAAAUUGACUGUCUGGCUGCCUGGGAGGAAUGGCUGCUUGUUGGAACGAAACAAGGUCAUCUUCUUCUCUAUAGGAUUCGGAAGGAUGUUGUGUCAGCAGAUGUAGCAUCACCUGAGAGUGGCAGUUGCAACAGGUUUGAAGUGACACUAGAGAAAUCCAAUAAGAACUUUUCCAAAAAGAUUCAGCAGAUCCAUGUGGUUUCCCAGUUUAAGAUUCUGGUCAGCUUGUUAGAAAAUAAUAUUUAUGUCCACGACCUACUGACAUUUCAACAAAUCACCACAGUUUCCAAGGCAAAGGGAGCAUCACUGUUCACAUGUGACCUCCAGCACACAGAGACUGGUGACGAGGUGUUGCGGAUGUGUGUGGCCGUGAAAAAGAAGCUGCAGCUCUAUUUCUGGAAAGACAGGGAAUUUCAUGAAUUGCAGGGGGACUUUAGCGUACCAGAUGUACCCAAGUCCAUGGCCUGGUGUGAAAAUUCUAUCUGUGUGGGCUUCAAGAGAGACUACUACUUAAUAAGGGUGGAUGGAAAGGGGUCCAUCAAAGAGCUCUUCCCAACAGGAAAACAGCUGGAGCCCUUAGUUGCACCUCUGGCAGAUGGAAAGGUGGCCGUAGGUCAAGAUGAUCUCACCGUGGUGCUCAAUGAGGAGGGGAUUUGCACGCAGAAGUGUGCCCUCAACUGGACGGACAUUCCAGUGGCCAUGGAGCACCAGCCUCCCUACAUCAUUGCAGUGUUGCCUCGAUACGUAGAGAUCCGAACAUUUGAGCCAAGGCUUCUGGUCCAGAGCAUUGAAUUGCAAAGGCCUCGUUUCAUUACCUCGGGAGGAUCAAACAUUAUCUACGUGGCCAGCAACCAUUUUGUUUGGAGACUCAUUCCAGUCCCCAUGGCAACCCAAAUCCAGCAGCUUCUCCAGGACAAGCAGUUCGAAUUGGCUCUGCAGCUCGCAGAAAUGAAGGAUGAUUCUGACAGUGAAAAGCAGCAACAGAUCCAUCACAUCAAGAACUUGUAUGCCUUCAACCUCUUCUGCCAGAAGCGUUUUGAUGAGUCUAUGCAGGUCUUUGCUAAGCUUGGCACAGAUAUGAAAAAUAACAGGAUUUAUGGGAAGAAUAACAUUGGAGCAGACCUUGGAAAACCUAGACAACUUUAUCCUACCCAUGUGAUGGGCUUGUACCCAGACCUGCUACCCACAGACUACAGGAAGCAACUGCAGUAUCCUAACCCGCUGCCUGUGCUCUCUGGGGCUGAGUUGGAGAAGGCUCACUUAGCUCUGAUUGACUACCUGACACAGAAACGAAGCCAGUUGGUGAAGAAGCUGAAUGACUCUGAUCACCAGUCUAGCACCUCCCCGCUCAUGGAAGGCACGCCUACCAUCAAAUCCAAGAAGAAGCUGCUGCAGAUCAUUGACACCACGCUGCUGAAGUGCUACCUGCACACGAACGUGGCCCUGGUGGCUCCCCUGCUGCGCCUGGAGAACAAUCACUGCCACAUCGAAGAGAGUGAGCACGUGCUGAAGAAGGCUCACAAGUACAGUGAGCUGAUCAUCCUGUAUGAGAAGAAGGGACUCCACGAGAAAGCUCUGCAGGUGCUGGUGGACCAGUCCAAGAAAGCAAAUUCCCCUCUGAAAGGCCAUGAAAGGACAGUGCAGUACCUGCAACAUCUGGGCACAGAAAACCUGCACUUGAUUUUUUCCUACUCAGUGUGGGUACUGAGGGAUUUUCCAGAGGAUGGCCUGAAGAUAUUUACUGAAGACCUCCCAGAGGUGGAGUCUCUGCCACGAGACCGAGUGCUUGGCUUCUUAAUAGAGAAUUUUAAGAGUCUGGCUAUUCCUUAUCUGGAACACGUCAUCCACGUUUGGGAGGAGACGGGCUCCCGGUUCCACAACUGCCUGAUCCAGCUGUACUGUGAGAAGGUGCAAGGUCUGAUGAAGGAAUAUCUCCUGUCCUUCCCUGCAGGCACAGCUCCAGUCCCUGCUGGUGAGGAAGAGGGAGAACUGGGAGAAUAUCGACGGAAGCUCCUCUUAUUCUUGGAAAUUUCUGGCUACUAUGAUCCAGCCCGGCUCAUCUGUGAUUUUCCUUUUGAUGGCCUCUUAGAAGAGCGUGCUCUUUUGCUGGGACGCAUGGGGAAACACGAACAAGCUCUCUUCAUCUAUGUCCACAUCCUGAAGGACACGAGGAUGGCUGAAGAGUAUUGCCACAAGCAUUAUGACCAAAACAAAGAUGGCAACAAAGAUGUGUACCUGUCCCUGCUCCGGAUGUACCUGUCACCCCCCAGUGUCCACUGCCUGGGACCAAUCAAGCUGGAACUGCUGGAGCCACAAGCCAACCUCCAGGCUGCCCUGCAGGUCCUCGAGCUGCACCACAGCAAACUGGACACCACCAAGGCCAUCAAUCUUCUGCCAGCAAAUACUCAGAUUAAUGAUAUACGCAUCUUUCUGGAAAAGGUCUUGGAAGAGAAUGCGCAAAAGAAACGGUUCAAUCAAGUCCUCAAGAACCUUCUCCACGCAGAGUUCCUGAGGGUCCAGGAGGAGCGGAUCUUACACCAGCAGGUGAAGUGCAUCAUCACAGAGGAGAAGGUGUGCAUGGUGUGUAAGAAGAAAAUUGGGAAUAGUGCAUUUGCAAGAUACCCCAACGGAGUGGUCGUGCACUACUUCUGCUCCAAAGAGGUCAACCCAGCCGACACCUGAGUCCAGCAAGCCGAGGAUUUAAGCAGUGGACAGCUUGGCUAUCCCAGAGCGGGGAUGGGCCCCAGUCCUGGAAAUCGGGGGCUGCUGCCACCCCCUGGUGUCUCCCCACUUGGACACUACUGGCUACCUUGCGCCCUGGAACAUCUCUGAAUUAAUCAGACUCAUGUUCUGGCAUUGCCAGAUUUUUAAUAGAAAAAGAGAUUAGUUACACCUUAUACACCAUUAUGUUACAGACAAUUCUGGAGAAUUUAACACCUGCUGGGACAGGAGGCGGUGGGAAUGGGUGCUGUCCUGCCAUUGCAUUCCAAUCACCUGAGUGAGGAAGCUGUCUCAAGUGUUUGUAACCCCAGGGUUGUUUAUUCAGAGUUUUCUAUUAAGAUACAUGCAAGACUUCACCGGAGCCCUCAGCUCGGCUUCCUGGAGUCCCAUGAGGAAAGCAGUGCCAGAGCUCUUCUGGCUGCAAAAGCCCAAUGGCUCAUCCUCUGGGUAAUGCUGGUCACUUUGUAGUCACUGUCCCUGUGUCCUCCCCACCAGCCUCGCCACCUGACUUUUUAUUUUCCGGUCUCCUCUUUCUAUUUAUUUUCUUCCUCUAUCCCUCCCGACACUGCUCUACCCAGGCUUUCUCUCCCAUUUUCCUGACACCGGGAAUAACUAAUAAAUUUAAACAAGGUCAAAUGAGAAGUGAGAGGAGGUCCCAAUUUCUGGGAAUACACUUUUUUUUUUCCAUCUUUUGUCUUUUUUAGGGCCGUACCCUUGGCAUAGGGAGGUUCCCAGGCUAGGGGUUGAAUCGGAGCUGUAGCUGCUGGCCUACUUCACAGUCACAGCAACCCCAGAUCCGAGCCGCAUCUGCGACCUGCACCACAGCACACGGCAACGCCAGAUCCUUAACCCAAUGAGCAAGGCCAGGGAUCGAACUCCUGUCCUCAUGGAUAGUAGUCAGGUUCAUUAACCACUGAGCCACAAUGGGAACUCCUCUGGUGAUACAUUGAUCAUUGACUGUCAGAUAUGUUGUAAAUAGACUCCUUGGUAUGCUCUGUGCCUAGAAGCUUAGGAGAGCAUCAUUCUCAGGUGCUUGGGCCUGAGUGUGAUGGUGGCUUAAAGGGUGGACUGCCCUGGGUAUGUGACCUCUCAGCUGACAUCUGCCCAAGUUCCUGCUCCUGCUUCCUCCACCAGCCACCCAGGGCAGGUUGGGUCAGGCUGUGAGCGGGUGCUCUGUGCUUUGGGCACCUUUCUCUUUCCAGCCAGUGACAGCCCCCUUCCUUACAGCUUGUCUUGGCCAUUGCUCCCCAGCUUUGUUUCACAGGGCUUGGAGAAUUGUGCUGGGAUAUUGUAGGUAGAUCUCUGCUACGCACAGGGAAUAAUCAGGUCAGGAACUGACAGUGACAUGAUGUCAGGUGUGCUUGUGAGGUGCUCGGAGUGCAGGCUGAGGACACCCAGGGAGAGUGGCCCUGCCUGCCAUCCUCCUUGGGCUUUUGUACAUUCACCAUCUUGUUGCCCUACUGUCCUUAAUGGUAGUGAGGAUGGGUGACAGCACCCAAUACUGACAUUGUUCUGGUGGCCUGUCCUUGACAUGCCAAGAUACUUAUUAAACCACAGCACUGUGCUGUUUGGGGCCUGUGUUGUAGCCUGAUUUGGUGGUGUGUAGAUGAGGCCCCUUCCAGGCAUGCUUUCCAUGGAGGUUCUGAAGGAAUGGAGUGAGGGCAUCACUCACAGAAGUGGGAGACUCUGCUCAGGUUUGGGAGGCCCGGCAGCGCUUCACAAGAGCCAUGUCCCAACUGGUCACACCCUCCACCAGAAGCAGUGCUGCCCUGGGCCCAGUUUGCACCAGCUUGGACGGAGCUUCUUCCAGGAGCAGCAGCAGAAUCAUCAGGCCAGCCCACCCCAUGCGCCCUGCCCGCCUGGCCUGCCGUUUAUCUCCCACCCCCACCUCCUGGGUGGCACACGUGUUUGAAGCAGUAAAGAAUGUGUGUUUCCUUCCCUUCUGGAAUACAUAAACGACCCAGUUUUCCCAGACGCCCUCCUCCUUCCUUAGACUCUGCCCUCCGCGGAGGUGUGGAGAGGCUAGAGAUGAAAGCUCUGUAGUGAGGGCUGACAAAGAUCUUUCAUAAUAAACAUCUUGACGUAAGAAA